UCCGGGAACAGUCAAAGGUUUGCUACCAACCUGUUGGUUCCCGUAGUGUGUCUUAAAGCUAUUCAUGAAUUGUUUCUUGUAUUUUAUAUCGCACACAGCUUUCUCUGCUUAAAUAGAAGUAUAAAUUUUGAAGUACAUUUCAAAUAUUUGAUGCACGGGAGACAUCAAUUCCGCAGGCGAUUUAGCUUGCAACCUUCAUUUCUCAAAGAAGAACCUGAAGUUGAUAAGCGGUUACAUAACAGCAACAGAGUUCUCAGGUCCCAGAAAAGUGAAGAUGCUGAAGCAUUGGAAAAGGAUGAUAAUUUGGGUCCCGUUAACAGUGUUCGGCAUAAGAUAGUUGUGAUGGGUGCAGCUAAAGUUGGCAAGUCUUCCAUUAUAACGCAGUUCCUAUACGGAACAUUCUCUUCAAAAUACAAACGCACAGUGGAAGAGAUGCAUCAUGGUGAUUUUAAUGUCUCUGGUGUUCAUUUGACAUUAGAUAUAUUAGACACUGCGGGAUCCUACGAAUUCCCUGCUAUGCGAGCACUGUCAAUCUCAUCUGCGGAUGCAUUUGUGCUUGUAUAUGACGUCACCAACAGUUCUACAUUCGAAGAAGCUAGGGCCUUGAGAGAUCAAAUUCAUGAAACUAAGGCUACGUCUAAUGUGCCUAUUGUUGUUGUCGGAAAUAAAAUCGAUUUGGCAGGAAAUAGAGAGGUAGACACUGCCACAACGGAAUCAGUCGUAACGGUGGACUGGGAAAAUGGGUUUAUAGAAACAUCGGCGAAAGAAAAUAUAAAUAUAAGCAAGGUUUUCAAGGAACUUUUAACUCAAGCGAAGGUAAAGUACAACCUCAGUCCAGCUUUACAACGUCGUAGACGACAGUCUUUGCCGCCUCAAUCUGGUCCGCCGCCUUCUACACCUUCGCAGGCUGCAAUGAUUCCUUCGGCCGUCCAAAUUCAGCAUUUACAACAAAUUAGAGAUCGUCAUGGAAAAAGAAAUUCUUGUAUUAUUUCUUAAGACUAUGAGUAUAUAAGAUUUUCCUUUGUAUUUAAAAUAAUGACUGAAAGCCCAAAUUCUUUAUAUCCAAACAGCUUUUUGUUCUACGAGGGACAAGUAGACACAUUUCAGCCACUCAGUCGGAUCAGUAAGUGUAAGCGUCUGAACAUUUGAUUCAUUAAACUUAAAAAAAAACAGUCAGUUCAUUUGUAAUUUAAUAUUACCUACAUAUCGACAUUUUUUUUUUUUGUUGAUGUGAGUGUCCGUUUUAAUUAUAUAUUUCAUUUCGUUCCAAGGUAUGAAAAGUAUGUAAUUAUAUAUAGUUUAUAAAGUAAACCUCCUCGGCGUCAAGACUCAGGGUAUGGAAGAUUAGCAAAUUAUAAAAUUAGUUGACUGACUACGUAACAUAUAUAAAUGUAAUAUUAAAAGUUACAUUAGUACAUAUUUACCAUUUUUUAGAAAAACAAAUAAUUCUUUAAAUCUCGGAAUGAUGCAUAUUUUAUGUUUAUUAAGUAUUAUUAGUAUUAUUGUUAACCAUGAUGAACUGGUGGACCUGACGCACCAAAAGCGAACGGUCUGCUGUAAUUAAUUGCAUAUUUUAACGUAUUGAUAUUCGCCACAACAAUUUUUUGUCUAAAGAACACGUAAAACUAAAAUAAGAUAUAAAUAUCUGUACUUUUUUGUAUUAAGUAAUAAUAACAAUAGUUGUCAAUGGACAAAAUUUUCUAUUUUUUGGUUCAUAGCUAUCAUUCUGAAGUUUGAAGAGUGCUAGUAGCUUCUUGAAUCCUUGAAAGUUUUUACGUAAAACAACAAAAAACACAUUUAAUGAAACCUGUAAACUUUGUGCUUACAACACGAUUCUGCUCUAAAUAUUCAUAUUAGAUUCAAAUUAUUUUCAAAUAACUUACUUGUUCGUAUUUUUCCUACUUACAAAAUUGUCCGCAAGUUUUUCGAUUUCACUCGCAAUAUGCUUGAAGAAGCUUCAUAUACCGCGUUUAAAAUAUCCGCAGAUAGAGAAAGUUUUCUAGUAAAUUUUCUUAACUGUUGGAAUUAAUUGUUCACUUUUUGAAAAAAAGUUGCUUGUUGUUAUUUGGACGGAAAAUAUUUUUCACAGUUGCUGAAAUGGUACUACGCAACAUUUCCUACUUUAUAAAAACAUUGAACUUUCAAAAUUUAUGCAUAUUUAUUCCAAAUGUUUUAAUAUACAGUUUUAUAAAAUGCGAAAAAAUAGUAUUCUCAACUCGUUAGAAAAGUGAUUUUCCUGCACGCGUUGGUUUUUUAAGUCACUCGCUCCCACCAUGACUCAUUUGGCAAAAUGACGCUUUUUUAAACUUAUUGUGGAAAAUAUGUAAAUUAUUCAAGGUCCGUCGCACGGAUAUCGACGCUUGAGAGAAAGGUAUAAGAUAAGUAAGUAAACCUGAACAUAUUUCGUUUUUUCUUUGUAAGACGAGCGACGAGCAAUACUGCUAACUACUAUUUACGUAUCUUUCCUGUGCCAGUACAAAAGGUCAUUUUGUAAGUAUUUAUGUCUGCAUAAUGUAGUCAAAAUUAUGAAUAACUGAAAUGUAUUUUACAGUUGUCCUUUCUGUUUUUUGCCAAAUAACUGUGAGUGUACUUCUAAAACUGUUUAUAAAUAAUAUUAAUUAAAUUAGCCGAUUUCAAAGUACGUGUUUCAUUUGACUGUAUUGUCGCAGAAUAUGUGCUUCCGUUUUAUUUUAUGAAUUUGAACACCAAGGGCGUGGCGUCAUUAUUUUUGUACAUCAAAUAAAUUCUUCCAUAUUAAUAAAUUUGUCGUUACUUAAGUAAAUGUUGUAUAUAAGUAUAGAAAAUAGACAUAAGUUUAGAGCGAAUAAGGUCUUAUAUCUGUUUUACUUUUUAAGGUACAAUGUUCAGUGCCAUCAAUUGCAUCAGAAAUAAAAUAGAUAAUUUAGUUACAUAACUUGGGAAAAGUCGGUGCAGAUAUAUACAAAAUUGCUUGUCUGAAAAUCUACCCGACCGCACUAAUUUACCAUGGUUGGGCACAUUUUUUUGCCGCAAAACCGAAAACGAAAUUUGGUUUCCACCAGAUUAAGAUGAAGAUCUGUCCCCUACCGUAAUUAAUCGUUCGAUAUAAUUAAAGGAGGAUUAGAGUUUGCAUUUAUAAUUAACUGAUAUUUUUGAUGCAACUGUAAUAUGUACCUGUAAACGUGAAAAUUAAUCUUAUAUAUAUAAACAUGCUAACAGUAUGAUAUAACAUAUAAAGACGAGAUUUAUCCAUUUAAGUUUUAAGAGCUUAGUCAUGUUUUUCUUUUACAUUGCGCCAUACACAUUUCGCUGAUUAAAUUUGCUCUAAAACAUCUAAAUUUAAAUGAACUUUUGUUACCCAGUAUGUAUAUAUUUAUCCUAUAUAACCAGGAAUUUCAUAGAAUUCAACAUAAUCAGAAAAAUAAAUUGCUCUUUUUUAGCUUUUGACCCCUACAUUUUUUUUUACAAAAUGUAAUGCAAGGAUUUUAUAAAAAAUUAAGUGCAAUUCAUUUUAUUUAUUUCUACCAUAACGCAGUAUAUGUAGUCUGAUGUAGUUGAUGGUAUUCUAUGGUUUAAUUUUUGUAAUGAUUAAACUUUAAAUAUCCAAAAGAAUUGCGUUGCAGAGUAUUUGGUAAAUUGUCGUUGACUGGGAUUUUGUUUCAUUUUACCAUCUAAUGUGGAGUGCUAGUAAGACAUCAAUACUUUACUUGGAAAUCUGUUGUCAUAUAAACUAAUAGUCUUUAAAAGGAAAAUAUAAUUUCGACUAUAUUUCUAAUGUUUUCACUACUCUUUCGUUAAUCUAAAAAUUGCACUGCAAAUUUGCAACUUUCAGUUUAAAAUGUUUUCACUGAUUAUCUUUUCCUUAUUGUUUCUACAUUUUUCAAAACUGUGUCCUCCGGUCAUACAUGUCAUAUAUUUGAUCACUUUUUUAAAGAACUCUCAUACUUAGUUCUGUUUUCCAUCAAGAUGGUCUUAUUAAAGGAAUCUCAUUCAACUUUGGGUUAAAUGUAAGAGUGUUUCAAAAAAAAAGUAGACAAUUUUACAAGAAUUGUGCUCAUCGAUGUCAAUA